UAAUUUGCUACUAGAAGUAUUAAAAGCUCUUAUUAAAUUUAAUAAUUAUAAUUGUAAUUAAAUUAAUAUUUAUUAAAAAUUUUUGAAUAUUCUGGAGUAAAAGAAUUUGCCUGGAGUAUGAUAAGAGAUGGUGCCUAAUGCCUACCUGUAGUACCGAAUUAAUUAUAAUUUAAUUAUUAAUAGUAGACAAAAAUAACCCAAUUCAUUACAGCAAUCACUUUGCUUAAUCAUGUUGUACUUUAAAGAAAGUUGAUUUUUUUAUGAAUUUCUUACAUUAUUAAUAUUAAAAUGAGUAUUUUUGAAGGUUAUUUUGCACCGGGUUUAUGUUCAAGUUAAAAUAAAAUUUAUUAUUUGUAUUACAGUGGUCAGUCACCAGCUGAAGCAGAUCUCAAUCUUUUGGAAACAGCUAGACGUUGUGAACUUUAUGGAAUUCAGAUGACACCAGCUAGAGAUCAUGAAGGAGUGGUGCUUAAUUUGGCUGUUGCUCAUAUGGGAAUUUUAGUAUUUCAGAAUUUUACAAAAAUUAAUACAUUUUCAUGGGCUAAAAUAAGAAAAUUAAGUUUUAAAAGGAAACGAUUUCUAAUUAAAUUACUUCCAGAAGGCUAUGGUUAUUAUAAAGAUACUGUAGAAUUUUUCUUUGAGCAUCGUAAUGAAAGCAAGAAUUUUUGGAAGAAAUGUAUUGAAAACCAUGCUUUUUUCCGUUGUGCUGAAGUAAAAAAAAUACCAAGGCAGAAACCAAGAAUUUUUAGCAGAGGCUCAUCUUUUAGAUACAGUGGAAGAACUCAAAAACAAAUAGUUGAAUAUGUAAGAGAGAAUUAUGUUCAGCGACGCACAUUCCAAAGAUCUGUUAGUCUGCGAGUUUCAGGAACAACAGAUGAUAUGCAGAAAAUGGGAAAUACUGCAUCAGCUCAACCAUUACUUCCUAUAUCCACUAGCCAGUCAUAUGGAUCAGUAGCUUUACCACCAAAUGAAGAAUGCAAUGAAACCAAAACUAAACCAUUAUCCCAUUCUGAACCACCUUCACCAUUUUCUCUUUCUGAUGGUAUAAUUGGAACCACCAAUGGAAAUAUGCAUGAUAAAAAUAAUGAAGAUCAUAUAGAACAAGAAAAUCUACAACAUGAGUCUCCUGAGUUAGAUGAUGAUGGAGGUGGACUUCGUAGUCCAGAUUAUCUAGGUCAAGAUACAGAUGAUAACAUUUCACAUGAUUCUUAUCAUUUAGAAGAAAAGGAAGCAGUUUCAGUUGAAAAAAGCCCUUGUAAAACACCAGGAAGUGAAAUUUAUUAUAGUGAAGCCGAUCAUCAAGAUGACAGUACUGACAAUUCUAUUCAUGGUUUUAUUAGUGAUGAGAAUUCCCACUUUAUAACAUCAUCAUUUGGAAGUUUUCAUAGUGAAUCAAGUGCUUUAACACUUCAUUAUUUACAUUCAUUACAUGGUAGUUUUAAGAAAAACUUAGCUAUGAAUAAACCCUUUCAUAUUGCAAAAGAAUUAUUAAUGACUGAAAGGACAUAUAAAAAAGAUUUGGAAAUUGUCAAUGUAUGGUUUAGAGAAGAUGUUAGUAGAGAAAAAAAUUUGCCAAAAGAUGUGCUGGAAUUAUUACUUUCCCUAAUAGAUAGCUUAUAUGAAAUACAUUGCUAUUUGUUACGACAUCUGGAGGAGUUUGUAUUAGUUUGGGAAGGAAAAGGACGACCAACACAAACAACAAGAAUGACAGGCAUUGGUGAAAUUUUGGAACAAAACAUUGGAAUGAUUGAGACAUAUAAUAAAUAUAUUAAUACUUUACCAAUGAUUUUGGAAAAACUGCAUCAUUCUUAUUAUUGUAAUGAAUAUUUUGAACAAAUGUAUCGCUGUUUUGAAAUGCAAAGGAUAUGUUAUUUGCCUUUAAUUGCUUUUCUUUUACGACCUGUACAUAGACUAUCACAAUAUUAUUUGCUUCUGAAAAAAAUAUUGAAGCAUUAUGAACAGUCUCAUCCUGAUUAUGGUAGUUGUAAAGAAACACUGUUACAAUUCAAACAAGCAAUCAAUUCACAAGAUUUAUCAAUCAAAUAUUUGGAAAAUUAUGCAAAUCUAAUGGAACUACAAAGGGAUAUAGUUGGUAUAAAUAAUCUUGUGAAGCCUGAUCGUUUUAAAAUUUUAAAAGAGAAGAAAUGCUAAAGAAAAU